GCUAAGGACAAAAUGGCGGCGAGCACGCCGCGUCUAGCCGAGGAGUGUGUCGGCCGGGUGGUGCUGCCCGGGGAUGUGCUGCUUCUUCCCGCCCACCCUGAGGAGGACGGCGAGCGGCUGCGUCUCACGCCCAGCGGUCCUCAGAAAGGGCGGAUGAUCUGCGGGCCGGGGCUGCGGCGCGGUGGGGAAGGCCUGCUGGCCACCAAGUGCGGCCUCCUGCGGUAUCGGGGUCCAUCCGGGCAACCAGGGGGCGUGAUCGGAAGUGGCUCUGGGGGAACGUAUUGGGUGGACUCCCAGCAGAAGAGGUACGUCCCAGUCAAAGGAGACCACGUGAUCGGCAUAGUGACUACCAAAGCCGGGGACAUAUUCAAACUGGACGUUGGCGGAAGUGAGCAGGCGUCUUUGUCCUACUUGGCCUUUGAAGGGGCAACCAAGAGAAACAGGCCAAAUGUGCAGGUAGGAGACCUUAUUUACGGCCAGUUCAUCGUCGCCAACAAAGACAUGGAGCCUGAGAUGGUCUGCAUAGAUAGCAGCGGCAGAGCCAACGGAAUGGGAAUUAUCGGACAAGAUGGCUUCUUAAUUAAGGUUUCCUUAGGCUUAGUAAGGAAACUUCUUGCUCCCGGCUGUGAAAUCAUCCAGGAUUUGGGACAGCUUUACCCAUUUGAGCUGGUGCUGGGAAUGAACGGAAGAAUAUGGAUGAAAGCCAGAACAGUUCAACAGACUCUAAUUGUGGCAAAUAUCUUGGAGGCCUGUGAGCACAUGACUCCCGAACAGAGGAAGCAAGCAGUUGCCAGGCUAUCGGGGAGCUGAUGAGAAAAGGGGUGGGGGAUAAUCCGAUUUGUGUGUGUGUGUGUGUGUAGUUUAGGUGGGAACGAUCAAUCUAUUUUUAUACAUUUAAUGUUAUAAAUGUUGACAUUCACCUUGAUGUUUGCAUCUCUGUCUCUGACACUCACCCUCUGGCACCUUGUCUCUUCAGCAGACUCCAAGUGGGAUUUUCGUACAGCCUUCAUGAUGCCAAUUGGAGCAAACAUCACUGUUUCCCCCCCACAAUUAAAUAAAAGCUUUCUUUUUUUCA